AUGGCUUCCUCACAUUUUUCAACAGCUUCACCUCCCAUGUUUGAUGGCAACAACUAUCCUGUUUGGGCAAUCAAAAUGAGAUCUUAUCUUCAAGCUUAUGAUCUUUGGGAGCUUGUUGAAGUUGAUUAUGAGAUGUUGGAGCAUGAAACCGUGAAGGAGUUUUCCAACAAACUUAUGAAGAUUGUCAACCAAAUCCGGUUGCAUGGUGAGUUUUUACCAGAUCAAAGGAUUGUUGAAAAGAUCCUUAUAUGCUUUCCAGAGAAGUAUGAAGCAAAGAUCUCAACUUUGGAGGAGACAAGAGACCUUACACAACUCACAGUUGCUGAAUUGAUCAAUGCCUUGCAAGCCACGGAACAAAGGAGGAGUCUUCAGCUAUAA